AUGGCUCCUACAGCUGAGGCUGUUGCUGUGCGACCAAUAUCCGCCACCAAUCAAAAAGGGCAAGCGGGUUUGCUCAACCGCGAGCCAAUUAUUUCAGACGGUACGCACGGUGUGGUGGGCACCAAUGGUGCUACCAAGGUGGACGCGUCUGCGGAACUACAGCCAGCCAAAGAGAGCCCCCAGGGAAUGCAGGGCGAGCGGAAUCGCCGCCUCUUUGAGAUGCAAGACAUUUUGACCCUGCUCGCGAAUGAGGGGGUCAAUCCCCAGGACUUGAGCCCCCCCGACCCGCGCUCCUCGGAUCCGGGGGCUCCGAAACUCGCCCUUUCACACUUCGACAACACAGACUUCGAGACUAGACUCGGGGGGGGGUGGGUGAAUAAGGCCUCGGAGGUCCCGGCCGAAGCGGCCCACGUGGAUAGGGAGACGAAAGCGGUGACAUGGCGGCCGUGCAAGGUGCUGGAUUACCGGGAGGGGGGCAAUGCGUACGAGGUGCAAUGGGAGGGGGGGGAGGAGCGGGUAUGGCUUCCCAGGAUCCACGUACAUUUCCAGGCCGAGGACCCGUUUCUCUUCGCGAAGCGCGUGGCGGAGGCGCAUCAGCUGCGCAAGCGGGCGGAGUCGCUGCUGCGCUACAAUUUGUACGUGGACAGCAUGCCCACCGACGACAUCCCGGGGCUUUCCCCCGAGCAGAUCAGCCGGAUGCUGGCGUGCUCGACCAACUCGAAACGGCUGCGCGAAUGGGCGUUCGACAGCUCGCAACUGGUCGCAGAGGUGAACCUGGACUACGCGCGCGCCAUGAACAAGAUCAUCUUCGACGAGAGCGUGCGCAAGCGGCCGCGCUCUCGUGACGUCAUGUUCAUGCCCGUGGACGAGGAGUUCCCGAUAGACCCGCGGCCGCCGGUCCCUCAGUUCGGCUGCGUCCAGAUCCCCCGGUACGCCUUCCCCGAGCAGCUCAGCGAGUUCGUGUUCCACACGUGCCUCUCUCGGCCGGAGGUCAUCUCGGCAACCGUCAAGAUAAGGGCGGAGUGCAACAAGGUCGCCAAAAUGAGCCUGUUUUCGACCACCCACACGAAGAGCAGCAGAAUGGACGAGUUUGAGCAGGUCCAGGUGCAGGCGUGCGACGCGGUGGCGACCUAUCUCAAGGACAGUUGGGUCAGCACGAUCAAAGGCAUCAUACGGUCCAGCUUCAAGGACGUCGGCAAAGGCUGGUUCUCGCUCCAGGGCCAGUCGCAAGACACUUAUUUCGGAAGCAAGUUGCACCGAUUCCUGCUUAUGGUCCGAUUCCUUAUGGAGGAUAAUCUGAAGUGUAUGGUGGAUGAAUCGCUGGCCAAGUACGUGGAUCACAUGGACCGGAACUGCAAUCCGCUGGUGGACGUGCGCGGGGUGGAUGACGUGGCGGUGACGUGGCAGAGCGACGACGCCGCGCGGUCGCGCAAGCCGCCCCUCUUCGCGCUCGAGCUCCUCUCGACCGACGCGGGCGCGUUCGACUACAACACGCCCGUGAGCCUGUUUGAGCAGAUGAUUGGGAAGACGUUCGACCACGGUGUGACGGCCUGCCAGAGCGUGCCGCAAAUUGAGCCGCAAAUCAUGGACAACCUCUUCUGGAGCCACAAACCGAUGGUCAACUCGCCCCAACUUCUGGAACCACACGUCAUCACUCUCAAGGGCCGAUUAGCCUCCGGCGUCAAGCGCGCGCUCACCGCCGUGCGCGUGUACCUGGACAAGUGGGUGGAGUUCGAGCCGCUGCUGCGCCUCGAUCCGGCCGAAUACCGGACUGGGCUCGAGCAGCGGAACGCCCCGCUGAAGGAGCUGCAGGCGGAGAUUGACCGGCACCAGGCGGACCUGCUCGACCUGGACAGGCGGCUGCCGUCCCAGAUCAACGUGGGCGCAUUCCAGGUCACGACCAAGAAGAUGCGCGCGCAGCUGCUCCAAAAGAAAGAACAGCUGUCGGCGCUCGUCACGGAGCUCAUCUGCAAGGUCCCGCGCGCCACGUGUCAGGAUCUGGACCGUCGGUUCCUCGAGAUCGAGAAGCAGCUUAAGAUGAAAACGACGACCCCUGAGGACGUGGCGGCGCAGAAGGAAUAUAUCGCGAGCCUGCCGCAGAAGCUGGGGGAGCUGCAGGGCGAGAUCAACGGCUCGCAGGUGUAUUACGACGCCCUCGACUCGCUGUGCUACACCCUUUCCGAGUCCGACUACAACCAGAAGUGGGCAUGCGCGGCUUGGCCCGCGCGCAUCGCCAAACAGAUCGAAAAAACCGAGGGCACUCUGGAGGGCGACCAAACUUCGUACGAGAAGGACAUGCGCGGGGAGCAGGAAGCUUUCGCGGUCGCCCUCGGCGAUCUGGAGACACGCGUCCAGGGCUUCGAGCGCCACGUGGACCUCGCGCAGGUCGACCACGUGGCCGCGGAGCUGCGUCAGCUGACGGAGGCGCUCGACAAGGCCGACAAAGACGCGAGAUUGUUCAAUUCGCGCGAGGCGCUCUUCGGCGCGCAGCCGACGGACUACUCGCGCUUAAAGCGCGCGCAGGAGGCGUUCGAUCCGUUCUCGCAGCUGUGGACGAUCGCGGCCGACUGGAAGCGCGGCCGCGCCGCGUGGGCCGACGACCCGCUCGAAACCCUAAACCCCGAGGAGAUUGAGAAGAGCACGCUGGCGUGGUGGAAGGCCCUGUUCAAGGUCGGGAAGGUGUUCCAGAACAAGGGGCUGGCGGAGUGCGCCGCCAACUGCGACGACAUCAGGGCCCAGUUGGACGCGUUCAAGCCGCAGGUGCCGCUGAUCGCGGCGCUGCGGCAGGCCGGAAUGAGGGACCGGCACUGGCAGCAGAUCUCGGAGGAACUAGGCGUGCCGAUCGUGAUCGACAACACCUUUACCGUUACCAAGGCGAUCGGCAUGGGCCUGCCGCAGCACCUGGGCGUCAUCUCCAAGGUUGCUGACGUGGCGGGCAAGGAGUACGCGAUCGAGACCGCGCUGGACAAGAUGCAGAACGAGUGGAAGACCAUCGAGCUCCAGGUCCUCGAGUACCGCGAGACCGGCACCUACGUCAUCAAGGUCGAGGAGGCCGUCACGCAGCAACUAGAUGACCACAUCGUGAUGACGCAAUCCAUGUCGUUCUCGCCGUUCAAGAAGCCGUUCCAGGAGCGGCUGGCCCAGUGGGAAUCGCAGCUCAGUCUAGUUUCCGAAGUGCUCGACGAGUGGUUAGCGCUUCAGCGUCAGUGGAUGUAUUUGGAGCCGAUCUUUAGCAGUGAGGAUAUUCAGCAUCAGUUGCCGCUGGAGGGAAAGCGAUUCACGACCGUCGAUCGCAUCUGGCGCAAGGCGCUCGGCCAGGCGAAGGCGACGCCGCACAUUUUGACCUGUUGUGGCAGCCAGAAGCUGCUCGAGAACUUCCGCGAGAGCAACAAGAUGCUGGAUAUGGUGCAAAAGGGGCUGGCGGACUAUUUGGAAACCAAGCGCCUCGCAUUCAGCCGCUUCUUCUUCCUGUCCAACGACGAACUGCUCCAGAUUCUGAGCCAGAGCAAGAACCCGCUUGCGGUGCAACCGCAUCUGCGCAAGUGUUUCGAGGCCAUCUCUGAUCUGGACUUCAAGGAGGAUUUGGAGAUUACGGCCAUGAACUCUGGGGAGAGAGAGAAGGUCCCCUUCGCCAAGACCAUGUACCCGACGGGCAGCGUCGAGAACUGGCUGUCGGAGGUGGAGCGGCGCAUGAAGGAGAGUGUGCGCGAGCAGGCCAAGCUCGCGCUGGAGGACUACCAGACGAAAGCGCGCGCGCAAUGGGUGCAGUGCUGGCCGGCCAUGGUGGUGCUCGCGGGCAGUUCGAUCUACUGGACGCGCCAGGUGGAGGAGGCGAUCGGGAAGGGGACGCUCAAAGACUACUUCGAGAACGUCCAGGUGAAGCAGCUGCUGGACCUGACGGACCUGGUCCGCGGCGAGCUGCCGAAGCUGGCGCGGCUGACGCUGGGCGCGCUCAUCGUCAUCGACGUGCACGCGCGCGACGUCGUGCAGCGGCUGGUCGACGAGAACAUAGGCGCCAUCACCGAGUUUGAGUGGGUGAGCCAGCUGCGGUACUACUGGGAGAACGACGACGUGUACGUCAAGAUGGUGCAGGCGUCGUUACCGUACGGCUACGAGUACCUCGGCAACUCGGCGCGGCUCGUCAUCACGCCGCUCACCGACAGGUGCUACAUGACGCUUAUGGGCGCGCUACAUCUCAACCUGGGCGGAGCUCCGGCCGGGCCGGCCGGAACUGGAAAGACGGAAACGACCAAGGACCUUGCCAAGGCGCUUGCGAAGCAGUGCGUGGUGUUCAACUGCAGCGACGGGCUGGACUACCUGGCCAUGGGCAAGUUCUUCAAGGGGCUCGCCAGCAGCGGCGCCUGGGCGUGCUUCGACGAGUUCAACCGGAUCGACCUCGAGGUGCUGUCGGUGGUCGCCCAGCAGAUCCUGACCAUCCAGCUGGCGAUCCAACAGAAGCUGAAGCGCUUCGUCUUCGAAGACUCCGAGAUCUCGCUCGACCCGUCGUGUUCCGUCUUCAUCACGAUGAACCCCGGUUAUGCGGGACGGUCCGAGCUGCCCGACAAUCUGAAGGCGCUGUUCCGACCGUGUGCCAUGAUGGUUCCGAACUACGACCUGAUCGGGGAGAUCAGCCUGUUCAGUUUUGGGUUCCGGCAGGCCAAGAAUUUGGCGCGCAAGAUGGUGGCGACGUUCAAGCUGUGCAGCGAACAGCUGUCGUCGCAGGAUCACUACGACUAUGGCAUGCGCGCCGUCAAGUCCGUCAUCACUGCGGCCGGCAAUCUCAAGCGCGACUACCCGGACGAGGACGAGGAGGUGUUACUCCUCCGCGGGCUGCGCGAUGUGAACGUGCCCAAAUUCCUGAGCCACGACCUCCCGCUUUUCGCGGGCAUCAUCAGCGAUCUGUUCCCGGGGGUCCAGCCGCCCAAGAUCCAGUACGACGAUCUGCUAGGCGCGCUUACGCGCGCGUGCGCGCAGCUCGGGAUCCAGCCCGUGGACUCAUUCAUGACCAAGGUGAUCCAGCUGUACGAGACGACGCUGGUGCGGCACGGGCUGAUGCUGGUGGGCCCCACUGGCGGCGGCAAGACCAUGUGCUACCGCGCGCUCGCCAUGGCCAUGACAGAACUCAACAAGGACGGGUCCGCCAAGUACGAAAAGGUGCGGACGGUGGUCCUCAACCCGAAGAGCAUCACGAUGGGCCAGCUGUACGGCGAGUUCGACGACAACACGCACGAGUGGACGGACGGCGUGCUCGCGUGCUACAUGCGCGAGCUGUCGGAGGACACUUCGACGGCGAAAAAGUGGCUCAUGUUCGACGGGCCCGUCGACGCCGUGUGGAUCGAAAACAUGAACACGGUGCUGGAUGACAACAAGAAGCUGUGCCUGGUCAGCGGCGAGAUCAUCCAGCUGUCGUCAACCAUGACCAUGAUGUUCGAAGUCGAAGACCUCGCAGUGGCGUCCCCCGCUACCGUCUCUCGAUGCGGCAUGGUUUACAUGGAACCCACGGCCAUGGGUUUGGACCCCCUCCUGGAUUCCUGGCUGCAAGCGCUCCCCGAACCCUGCAAACCUUUUGGCGCGCGCCUGCGCGCGCUGUUUGAGAAGCUGGUCGCCCCCACGCUGCGGCUGGUGCGCAAGAGUUUGCGGGAAACCGUGGCGACCACGAACAACAACCUGGUGCUGUCGCUGUUCAAGCUGAUGGACAGCUUGCUGCUGACGUGGAGGCGUCAGGAGAACGAGCCGAAACUGACGGAGGAAGAGAUUGGGAAACUGCCCAAUGUGAUCGAACAGCUGUUUAUUUUCUCGUUAGUGUGGUCAGUCGGUGCCAGCUGCGAUAACGACGGUCGGGUUAAGUUUGACCGAGCGCUGCGAGACGCGUGUUCCGAGGCCGGGGUGGACAAAUUACCGCCCGGGGAUCGGGACGUCUACGCGUACUGCUUCAAUCAGGACACGUGUCAGUGGGUCGACUGGAUGGCCACGAUCCCGGAGUUCAAGUGCGAUCCCGACCGUCCGUUCUCCGAGAUCAUCGUCCCGACGUCCGACACCGUCCGAUACACGUACGUCAUCGACCAGCUGCUGCGCAACAACUGCCACGUGUUGUGCGUGGGCGAGACGGGGACGGGCAAGACGCUGAACGUGGCGGAUAAGCUAUUGAACAAGAUGGGCGCGGACACCGUGCCCUUAUUCCUCACGUUCAGCGCGCGCACGAGCGCGAACCAGACGCAGGAUCUAAUCGAUUCGAAGAUGGAGAAGCGGAGGAAGGGCGUGUUUGGCCCGCCGAGCGGAAAGAAGUUCGUCGUGUUUGUCGACGAUAUGAAUAUGCCGCAGCGGGAGAAGUAUUUCGCGCAGCCGCCGAUUGAGAUUCUGCGACAGUGGAUGGACCAUAAGGGUUGGUACGAGCGCAAGCCCCCGUGCACCUUCCGCCAGUUGAUUGACAUCCAGUUCGUCGGCUGUAUGGGUCCCCCGGGGGGCGGCCGUAACCCGGUCACUAACCGCUUCCUCCGCCACUUUAACUUCAUCUCCUUCACCGAGAUGAGCAACGAGUCGGUGGAUCGCAUUUUUUCCACGAUUCUGGGGGCUACUUUGGAGCGGCGAUUCGACCCCACGGUGCAAGGAGUGAAGGGCCCCGUAGUGGCGGGGACGAUCGAGAUCUACAACCGGAUCAGGAAGGAGCUGCUGCCGACGCCUUCGAAGAGUCACUAUACGUUCAACCUGAGAGACCUGAGCAAGGUCAUCCAGGGCGUAUUGCGCGCAGACCCGAAGCAGGUGACCGACCCCAAGUCGCUCCUCAGCCUGUGGCUGCACGAAGCGCAGCGCGUGUUCCAGGAUCGUCUCAUCAACGACGAGGACCGCGCGUGGUUCCGGCGCGCGCUCGAGGAGCAGCUCGCGCAGCAGUGCGCGCUGACGUGGGCUGACGUCGUCACGGCGGACCGGCUGAUCUACGGGGACUAUCUGGUGCCCGGGGCGGAGCCCAAAGUGUACCAGCAGGUGACUGACACCAAGAAACUGGUUUCGACGAUGGAGGAAUACCUGGACGACUACAACAGCGUGAGCCAGGCGCCCAUGAAGCUGGUCAUGUUCCUUGACGCCAUCGAACACGUCAGCAGAAUCUGCCGCGUCAUCCGGCUGCCGCUCGGGAACGCGCUGCUGCUGGGCGUCGGCGGGAGCGGGCGGCAGAGCUUGACGCGGCUGGCAACUUAUAUGGAGGACUUCCACUUAUUCCAGAUCGAGAUCGCGAAGGGGUACGGCCCGAACGAGUGGCGCGAGGACCUGAAGCGCGUGCUCAUGAAGGCGGGGCUGGAGGGCAAGGAGACGACGUUCCUGUUUACGGACACGCAGAUCGUCGUCGAGUCGUUCCUGGAGGACAUCAAUAACAUCCUCAACAGCGGCGAGGUGCCUAACCUGUGGAAAACCGAGGACACGGAGGCGAUCGCGAACGGCAUGCGGCCGAUCAUGCAGCAGCUGGGGCUGCCCAUCACCAAGAUGGCCCUGCAAACCCAGUUUAUCCGGCGGGUUAGGAGUAACCUGCACCUGGUUAUCUGCAUGAGCCCCAUCGGCGACGCGUUCCGCACGCGGCUGCGCAUGUUCCCGUCGCUCGUCAACUGCUGCACCAUCGACUGGUUCUCCGAGUGGCCCAACGAGGCGCUCAAAAGUGUGGCGCACUCGUUCUUCUCGGACGCUGUCCAAAUGGCGUCGCCCGAGCAGACGUCCGCGAUCGUAGACACGUGCGUGUUCAUUCACCAGUCCGUCGAACGCACAUCCAAGGACUUCUUCGAGGAGCUGCGCCGGUACAACUACGUCACGCCCACGAGCUACCUCGAGCUCCUGACCACCUUCAUCAAGCUCGUAUCCGAGAAGCGCGCCGAGAUCGAGCAGCUGCGCUCGCGCUUAUCCAUCGGGCUCGAUAAGCUAUUGAGCACGGCCGCCCAGGUCGAGGUCAUGCAGAAGGAGCUGACGGAACUGCAGCCGGUUCUGGUCGUUACCGCCAAGGAGGUGGAAGAUAUGAUGGUAACCAUUACCGCGGACAAGGCAUCAGCGGACGCAACCAAGCAGCAGGUGGCGGUGCAGGAGGCGGAGGCGACCGCGCAGGCAACGGAAGCCAAGGGCAUCGCGGAUUCCGCCCAGCGCGACCUGGACCAGGCGCUCCCCGCUCUAGAUGCCGCGGUGGCCAGCCUCAAGAACCUGACGCGGAAUGAUAUCGUGGAGGUGAAGAGUCUGCGGAAUCCGCCGGAAGGCGUGAAGCUGGUCAUGGAGGCGUGCUGCAUCAUGUUUCAACAACAGCCCAAGAUGGUGGCGGAUCCUAACAAGGUCGGGAAGAAGAUGGCGGACUACUGGGAGCCCAGCACGAAGAUGCUGAACGACCCGACCAAGUUUCUGGACAGCCUGCUGACGUUCGACAAGGACAACAUCCCGGAGGCGGUCAUCCAGAAGAUCGAGCCGUACAUCGGCAUGGAGAACUUCACCCCGGAACAGGUUAAGCGCGUGUCGACCGCGUGCACCUCCAUCGGCAUAUCGGUCAAGCGCGUCUCGACCGCGUGCACGUCCAUCUGCAUGUGGGUGCGCGCGAUGCACACGUACUACAACGUCGCGAAAUCCGUCGCGCCCAAGCGCGCGCAGCUCGCGGAGGCAAACGCGAAAUUAGAGGUGACGAUGGGCCAGCUGCGAGUCGCGCAGGCGACGUUGAAGGAGGUGGAGGAUCGGAUCGCGGGAUUGGAGGCGCAGCUCGCGGCCGCGGUCGCCAAGAAGGACGAGCUCGCGAAGCAGGCAAGCGACUGCACGGUCAAGCUCGAGCGCGCGGAGAAGCUCAUCGGCGGUCUCGGCGGGGAAAAGCUCCGCUGGACCGAGAGUGUGAAAAACCUCACCGCCCAGCUAGACUCCGUAGUGGGCGACGUAGUGGUCGCCUCUGGCGCGAUCGCCUAUCUGGGCCCAUUCACACCGAACUACCGCAGCCGGUUACAGGAGGAGUGGUUAGCGCGGUUAAAGGAGCUCAGUGUGCCGCACACGGCUGGAGCGGACCUGAAGGGCGUUUUGCAGGACCCGGUUUUGGUGCGGAUGUGGAACAUCGCAGGGCUGCCCAGUGAUGACGCCAGCAUCGAGAACGGAAUCAUCGUGUCCAAGGCGCGGCGCUGGCCGCUGUUCAUUGACCCGCAGGGCCAAGCCAACAAGUGGAUCAAGGCCAUGUUCAAGGAGACGGGGCUCGACGUCAUCAAGCUCUCGGAUAAGGACUUUUUGCGGACGCUCGAGAACGGCGUCCGCUUCGGACGGGCGGUCCUGCUCGAGAACAUCCUGGAAACCCUGGAACCGGCGCUAGAACCAUUGCUUCUGAAGCAGACGUUCAAGCAGGGCGGGAGCGAAGUGAUCAAGAUCGGGGAUAAUAUCAUUCCGUACCAUCCGGACUUCCGGUUCUACAUGACGACCAAGCUGCGGAACCCGCACUACCCGCCGGAGGUGUCCGUCAAAGUGUCGCUGCUCAACUUUUUCGUAACGCCGGAGGGGCUGGAGGACCAGCUGCUGGGGCAGGUGGUGACGCAGGAGCGCCCGGAUUUGGCGGAGAUGAAGAACCAGCUGGUUCUGUCCAACGCGAGCAUGAAGAAGGAGCUGAAAGAGAUCGAGGACAAGAUCCUGCAGCUGCUCUCCAACUCGCAGGGCAACAUUCUGGACGACGAGGUGCUGAUCAACACGCUGGCCAAGUCCAAGGUCACGUCCAACGAGAUCGCGGUCAAGGUCGCGGAGGCCGAGAAAACCGAGAAGGAGAUCGACGUAACGCGCGAGGUGUACCGCCCCGUGGCGUUACGCGCGUCGCUGCUCUUCUUCUGCAUAAGCGACCUGGCGACCGUAGAUCCUAUGUACCAGUAUAGCCUGGCGUGGUUCAUCAACUUAUUCAUAAAGUGCAUCGACGAAGCGCCAAAAGCGGAGACGGUCGAAGAGCGUAUCGGGGUCCUGAACGAGCACUUCAUGUAUAGCUUAUACGUCAACGUGUGCCGGAGCCUGUUCGAGAAGCAUAAGCUGAUGUUCAGCCUUAUGCUCACGGUCAAGAUCCUCCAGGAGCGGAACGAGGUCGACCCCGCGGAAUGGCGCUUCCUCCUCGCGGGCGCGACGGACUCGACGCUGGACCGCCCCAACCCGGCGCCCGAGUGGCUCACCGAAAAGGCCUGGGUCGAGAUCCUAAACCUCUCCAAACUCGAGAGGUUUAAGGGUUUCCAGACCCACGUGGCCGCGCACGUGCGGCAUUACAAGGCGUACUUCGAUUCGUCGGACGCGCACAGAGAAAAGUUGGCGGGCGAGUGGGAGGAGAAGCUGACGCGGCUGCAGAAGCUGCUGGUCGUGCGGUGCUUCCGCGUGGACAAGGCGAUGGUCGCCAUCCAGGACUUCGUGGCUGCCACUUUGGGCCAGCGUUUCAUCGAGCCCCCCCCCUUCAACCUGCAAGCGUGCUACAAGGACAGCUCCCCUACCGCCCCCCUCAUCUUUGUGCUGUCUUCCGGAGCGGACCCCAUGGCCGACUUGUUACAGCUGGCAGACGAGAUGCGGUUCACCAAAAAGUUCGAGAAGGUGUCGCUCGGGCAGGGCCAGGGGCCCAAAGCGGAGAAGCUGCUACAGAUGGGCAUGGAGCGCGGCAUGUGGGUGUGCCUCCAGAACUGCCACCUGUCGCAAUCGUGGAUGCCGUCGCUGGAGCGCAUCGUCGAGAACAUCGACCCCGAGAAAGUGCACAAGGACUUCCGGCUGUGGCUCACCAGCAUGCCCUCGCCCGCGUUCCCGGUCGCGAUCCUGCAGAACGGCGUCAAGAUGACGCUCGAGCCGCCGAAGGGCAUGAAGUCCAACCUGAUGCGGUCGUACCUGCGCUUCAACGACAAGUACCUGAACGACUGUGAAAAGCCCGUCGAAUGGCGCAAGCUGCUCUUCGGGCUGUGCCUCUUCCACGCCGUAAUCCAGGAGCGCCGAAAGUUCGGCCCGCUGGGGUGGAACAUUCGGUACGAGUUUACGGAGGGAGACCUGGGCGUGUGCCAAACGCAGAUCCGGAUGUUCCUCAAUGAGUACAAGGACAUUCCGUACAAGGUCAUCCGCUUCCUGUGCGGCGAGAUCAACUACGGCGGCCGGGUUACCGACGACAAGGACCGGCGGUUAAUCAAUAACCUGCUGCUGACCUUCAUUAACCCGGGGGUAGUUGCCGAGCAGCCGUACAGCUUUUCCGAGUCGGGCGUGUUCCGCAUCUCGGCGGCGGGGGAUCUCACCGGGUUCCUGGACUACAUCAAGGAGCUGCCGCUCGCGCCGAAACCGGAGAUCUUCGGCCUGCACGAGAACGCGGACAUCACGUGCGACCAGAACGAGUCGCUGGACCUGUUCGCCACCGUGCUGUCGUUACAGCCGCGGACGACCGGGAAAGCGGGCGGGGGACUUUCUCGGGACGAGCUGGUCGAGAAAGUCUGCACCGACAUCCUGACCAAGGUCCCGCCCGUUUUCGACGUCGAAGCGGUGCUCCAGGCGUAUCCGACCAGCUACAAGGAGAGCAUGAACACCGUGCUGACGCAGGAGUGCAUCCGCUACAACGGCCUGCUCGCCGUCAUGAAGAAGUCGCUCCAGGACGCGCUCAAGGCGCUGAAGGGCCUGGUGGUAAUGUCCCCCGACCUGGAGCAGCUCUGCACCAGCAUCUUUAACAACCAGGUUCCAGAAAUGUGGGCAGCGAAAGCGUACCCGUCACUGAAACCGCUGAGUUCGUGGGUGGCCGAUCUGCUGGAGCGGUGCGCUUUCAUCAGCAACUGGAUCGCCAAGGGAUCCCCCGCCGUCUACUGGAUCAGCGGCUUCUUCUUUCCCCAGGCGUUCCUGACUGGCACGCUCCAGAACUACGCGCGCAAGUACGGCUACCCCAUCGACACCGUCAGCUUCAACUUCGUCGUCUGCGACGAGAAGACGCUCGAGUCCACGGGGGAUCCCCCCGAGGACGGCUGCUACAUAAGGGGUCUCUACCUGGAGGGCGCCCGGUGGGAUUCACGGAGGCAUUUGCUGGGGGAAAGCAACCCCAAAGAACUGUACUCCGAGAUGCCGAUCGUGUGGCUGUCCCCGGUGCAGAACCGGAAACCGCCCAAGACCGGGGUGUAUGAGUGCCCGGUUUACAAGACGCUCUUGCGAGCGGGUACUCUAUCGACCACGGGACACUCCACCAACUUCGUCAUGUAUAUCGAGAUACCAACGGACAAGGAGCAAGCACACUGGAUAAAUAGGGGGGUCGGCCUUUUCACAUCACUAACUUAGAAUUACCUUGAAUAUAGAUUACUGUCAAACGCUUUCAUAGUUGAAGCUUUUGUUCUUGUUGAUACGUUAUACCGAUAGCUGCUCUAGCUUGGCAUGCUUCAAAACAAGGACUUGGUUUCUCGGCCGUCUGUGCAACAUUUAUUGCAAUAUCUU